AUGACCGACCUCCUCCAUAUCCUCCCAUCCUUCCGUACAGCUCCCUUCGGGGCACUCCUCCCCAUCAUCGAGCAGCACGCUCUUUCGACGACAGACCUCCUGGCCCUCCACCCUGCAGACAUUUCCAAACAGACAAACCUGCCUCUGCUGGAUCUCAAGCGACUCAUUGCAACAAUCCAAGUCUCUCUGUCAGACGAUCUCGUGCCGCGCCACCCCCUACAAACAACCGGGAGCUCCCCGCGUGAAGGACAACCCCCCGAAACAAGCAGCCAGGACGCCAGUCAAUCUCCAACCGCACGACCCGAAGCAGCUCCGGCAGAGACUCCCCGAAGUGCCCAAUCCUCCCCGCCCUCAUUCAUAAGCACCCUCUGUCCGGAAAUAGACGCCGCCCUCAACCCCGGCAUCCCGACCUCGUCCAUCACCGAAAUCACGGGCGAGUCCGGCGCCGGCAAGACCCAGUUCCUCCUGUCACUCUGUCUCGCCGUCCAACUCCCCCCGCCCCGUGGCCUCGGCAAACAAGCCCUCUACGUCUCUACCGAAUCAAGCCUCGCCACCAAACGCCUCUCCCAGAUCCUCGCGUCGAACCCGCUCCUCCAGGCCGUAGACCCCCCGGACCGCCCGUCCCUGGACAACAUCCUCAGCACCGUCACGCCAGAUCUAGAAUCUCAAGACCACAUCCUCGAGUACCAGGUCCCCGUCCUGCUAUCGAGACACAGCAUCGGCCUCAUCGUCAUCGAUUCCGUGGCGGCCAACUACCGCGCCGAGUUCGAGAGGGCCGGCUCCUCGUACGGCUCUAACAUGGCCGCGCGCGGCGCCGAGCUCGUCCGCCUCGGCGCUCUCCUCCGACACCUAGCAAGGAAGCACGACAUCGCCGUCGUCGUGGCCAACCAGGUGUCCGACAGGUUCUCCUCGUCCGCACCUGUGCCGAGCACCCUCUCCCGCGGCAGGACUUGUGCCGAGGAAAGCCCCCUCGCGUCGAGGAGCGCGCCGCCGCCGCCGCAAUCCUCGCUCGCCGGCACGCCGUCGUCCUCUGUGCCGCCGUUCUCGCUGCCCGACGACGCGUCGCCGCCUGCACACCCUGCCUUGCGUCUCGAUCACCAGCAGCGUUGGUUCACGGGCUGGGGAGACGAUCCGCGCUCGUGGCAUUCUCUGAAGACGCCCAGUCUGGGCCUCGUUUGGUCCACGCAGAUAGGGUGCAGGAUAGCAUUGUUCAAGAGCCCCGUGUAUGGACGGCCGCGGCACAUUGCGGCUCCCAUAGAGGCUGAUGAUGAUGAUGUUGACAGGGGACCUACGUUGAGGAGCUGGCGGAGAUGGAUAAAGGUUGUGUUCGCGGGACAUGUUGCCGCCUCGGGGCAAGGCGUAACGGGGGCCAAGGAGUUUGAGGUCACGACAGGCGGAAUUGCAUGUGUACCGGGAGAUGAGGGGAACCGUGGGCUUUGGUGA